AUGCAGUACCACAGUCUUUACCAUAACAACGAUUUCUCGGAAAGGGACCGAUCACCGAAGUUCAGGAGGUGUAUACCUUUGCAGGCUAGCGAGGACCAAAGAGACCAACGUGACGAUGCGAACUUUGAUGAUGAAGGUGGCAACGCAGUUGGAGAAAACCAAAGUGCUGAUGGGGCCAUGAAGAAUGACGAGGGCAGCCAUUCGAGACAGGUCGAUGAGUUCUUGCAACAGCCAUCGGCAUGCCAGCUGCUCCCGUGCGAUUUCACAAACGACAUUUGUGGAUAUCGCAAUUAUCAAAAUGAAACAAUGAGCUUGGUCGAUUGGCAGCUGGGAAACCACAGAGUGGAUAAUAUAUCUGGUGAUGGCAAGGGAGAACAGGAAGCCAAUGGAGGUUUUCUUUUCGUCGGUACCGAUACAUCCACAUUGGGAGUGACAACGUACAUCUUAGAAUCGCCUGAAUUCUCUUUAACUGAGGAAAUGAAGCUAUCCUUCGAUGUUUACAGAAGAUCCAAGGACAUCACAUUGCAGAUAUACUUCAAAGCGGUACAAUGGAGGAAAUUCAAAUGGCUUGCAAUUGACAAUAUCACGUUGAGCCCAUGUCCACAAUCAUCAUCAUCGCCUGCAUUAUAA